AGCAGUGUGGGAGCUGGGGGGGCAUCGCUCUGCCCUCAGUGCCGCUCGUCCCAGCAGUGCCCGACGAGCAGGGCACCUCCCUGAGUGGAGCGCUGGCUCCGACCCUGCUUCUCCUCCCUUCCCGGCCGCUCCCUGGCCGCGCGUCCCCGCCUCCGCCCCGCACUCGCGCCGUCAGCCCCGUGCUCUCCGCCCUCGCAGCCUCCCGCCCGCUGCCGCUCUGCCCCCCGGGCCUGGGGGUCCAUUCCCGCAUGGAUGGUGGGGCAUCCAUGUGCCGAGUCCCCUGGCCAGGCCUGCGCUGCUCCCUCCGUCUCUGCUUCCGUCCCCGCCGCUGUUGCUCGUUCCCGCUGCUCCGCGGUGAUGCUGGUGCUCGGUCCGGCUGGGGCCCUCCUGCCGUCGCGGGGCCGGGCAGUCCGGGGGGAGCCGAGGGACCUGCCCCCCUCGAGCUCUGCUCGGCUCCUCCUGUCCCUCCCGUCCCUCUCCUCUGCUGCUCCCCCUCCCGCCCCGCAAACCCUCCUGCCGAGCUCCGCCUGCGCCCGGCGCUGCGGGGAAGGGGACACGCUCGGGGGUCUCCGCGCUGUUUUUGGGGGGCUGUAUCCUGACGUGGCCCUGCUGGCUGGGCAUUGGCUGUCGGGUGGCAGCUCCUCCGUGGCUUUGGGAGAGGCCGAGACCCUCAGCGGGGCCGAGCAGCUUGGGGAGCCUCCCUGUGCAUCCCCAGGGAGCUCCUGCCUUUGCCUGCGGGCAGCGGGCGCAGGAAGGGAGUUCAGGCACCUCCCAGUUGCCUGUGCCGGCCCUGUCCUUGCUUUGGUGGCUCGGAUGUCCCCCCGAGCCUGGCACUCGCCCGACCCUGCUGCCCUGGCGAGUGGGCAGGAGCUCAGGGACCCCUCGGGGUGGGCACUGGGCUGGGUCCUGCAGACCCGGCGGUGCCGGCUCUCGGGGCCGGGGAGCAGGAGCCGUGUCCGGUUGCUCAGCCGUGGGAAGGUCUCCUGGGAGCUCACGGCUUCCCCGGGCUGUGUCUCCUGCACACGCCGGAGCUGCCGGCGAGCCCCCCUCCCGGUGGGAUAUGCGGGGGUUCCCUGGAGCCGGGAUCCUCCCGGAGGUGCUGGGGUCAGACCUCUCCGUGUUGGUGCUGUGGGGAGGGCUCAGCACCGAGACUGAGCGCUGUGGUCUGGGCCAGGCACCAUCCUGUGCCUGCAGGGACCUCGGUGCUCCCGGGGAGAGCCCGGGGGUCUCCUGGGCUGCCCCCCCCGCCGCGGGGAGGGGACGGGGCUGCGAACCCCGGGCUGCCCCCGCUGACACUCGUCUGU